AGAAAGAGACAGAGAAAGGAGACCACAGAGAGGGGCAGCUGUUUUGUAGCAGAUAAAAAGCAACAUACCAUACCGGGGACAGGAGCUUACCAAGGACAUAUAGAAAAGGCUAACAGGAGACUAAACUAGUCAGUUGGAAUAAGUGACAGUGGAUCGGAAACCUCUUUCCCAGUGUAACUAUAUGAUGUACAAGAACUUCUCCUGUGCCAUAUAUAACACAGCACCUCUCUCUCUGUGUAAAGGGGUACGGCUCGGAUUUAAGUUUUAGGGGGGAAAAAAAAGCUAAGAACACUGUCAGGCUGGGAGGAAGGAAUCUAUACAUAAUGUGACUGUUGGAAACAAUUCCGAAUGCAAAAUGUGAAUUCUGGCUGGAUACCUAAAAUUGUAACUGUGCAGAAAAUGACACCAUAAACUAACUUGAUGAUGACUGUGACCUUCCUACACGCCGGAGCGUGGGUGCACAUACUGCUGGUUCUGAUGGGCUUCCCCAAGAAGGUGAGCUGCACACACCCAGAAUGUGCCCUUGUACUUCACGUAUUGGAACAAGAGGCUCAGUGUUAUGAGAGGAUAAGAGUGGAGAAUGCAAGUUCACGUAACUUCACCCAUGGUGGCUGUAACAUGGAGUGGGAUGGAGUUAACUGCUGGAGGGCUGCCUCAAUAGGACAGACUGUAACAGUCUCCUGCCCGGAGAGCCUGCAGAUGUUUCUAAACUCAAAAGUUGUAAUCAGCAGGAACUGCACAGAGGACGGGUGGACCCCUCAUUCCCCUCCUUAUUAUAAAGCUUGCAUAUUCAGUGGAACCAAUGAAACAGAGGAAAAGAGAGAAUAUUUCCAUACAGUGAAAAUCCUGUACACCUGUGGCUAUGCAGCAUCGCUUACUGCUCUCGUGACUGCCAUCAGCAUCUUCUCCCUCUUCAGGAAACUGCACUGCCCCAGGAACUUUAUCCACGUCAACCUCUUUGUUUCAUUCAUUCUCCGUGGAAUUGCUGUGUUUAUUAAAGAUGCUGUUCUCUUUGCCGAUGAGGAUGUAGACCACUGUACCAUGUCAACGGUGGGCUGUAAGGCAGCUGUAGUGUUUUUCCAAUACUCCGUCCUUGCAAAUUUUUCUUGGCUGCUGGUGGAAGGGAUGUAUCUACACACUUUGCUCACACUCACUUUUACGUACCAGAGAAAAUACUUCUGGUGGUAUAUAGUCAUUGGAUGGGGUGCACCUGCUCUUACUAUUUCAGUUUGGAUCAAAACAAGAAUUCAGUUUGACAAUACAGGGUGCUGGGAUGAUUAUGAGAGCAUUUACUGGUGGAUAAUCAAGACUCCAAUACUGCUUGCAAUAUUUAUCAACUUUAUAAUAUUUCUCAACGUGAUUAGAAUUCUUAUACAGAAGAUCCGAUGCCCAGACAUCAGCAAAAAUUAUAAACAGCAGUACAUGAGACUUGCUAAGUCUACUCUUCUACUCAUCCCUCUGUUUGGGGUUCAUUAUGUUAUCUUCGCACUUUUUCCUGAGCACAUUGGUAUCUGGGCAAGAAUGUACUUUGAACUUGUUCUUGGAUCCAAUCAGGGAUUCAUAGUGGCUUUGCUGUACUGCUUCCUCAAUGGAGAGGUCCAGGCAGAAAUCCAGAGGCACUGGGGCAAGUGGCAGAGCUCAUUAGAGAGCAAUGUGUUUAACCUGGUGACACAAGACUUCACAGCAUGAAGCCAUAGAGAUUUGAGAUCCAAAGAAGAUCAUCAAGGAUGGUACCAAGUGGGACUAACUGAUAUCUGGCAUCUCUCACACAGAAGUGAAAUACAGGGCUUGCUAUGUUAUUUAUGAAGCAACAACCCAUCAACUCUUGCAUUGCAAAUGGCAUUGUGGUUAGUUUCUCUAAUGACAUCAUCUAUGCCCGCAUAGUGAGCUGAGUAUAGGAGAAGACCCAUUGGGGUGUUUCCAAAAGCCGUUAUUGGAACUACAGUGAUGAUGACGAAAUACCCAGCCCCCCAUUGAUGAACCUGUCUGCAUCAUACUGAUGCGUUUUCUCAUCAUAUCCACCUCAUUCAGAAUAAGUAACCCCAUGAUCUCUGGCCUACACAACUGCCAUAACCAUAUUAAGGGGC